CGGCAGACUAACUGCUGUACCAAGUUUGUCCUCCUGUUCUCACCGUAGCUCCUCUCCUAUCGGUCACGCCCUCCAGUUAGCUUGCAGGUGGCUAUGUACUCAUUAGCGUCAAUGGCACUUUCUAUAAGACCGGCACCGGAGGUGGGCUAGUAAGUGAUCCCUAGGCUCCGUACGUCCUCCCUACACUGUGUUCGCUGUGCUGUCACCUAUGAAAGGUAUUUGGCUGUGUACCAGACGCUUCCGGGUAGUGUUUUGUUGAUCUACCGAAGGUCUUGACUGAAAAGACGCCGUGUACGCGCAGGUUGCACUUUCAAUUGGGAGAUGCGUUAAGGUAACAUUGGCUGUAUAUCUCAGUAAGGUUUGCCAUGUAAUAUGUGUGUGUGCAUGUGUACAUAUGUAUGUUUAUAUGCAUGUUUACAGUAACUGGAUCUACUAUAAUGUGUCAUGUUUCGCUGUAAGUCCUUGUGAUUUAACUAGCCAAUAACCUUUUAUUAUGUUGUAUGUGAGCUAUGCUUGUGUGUGAUUUUAUGUAGGUUUGCGUACUGGAGAGAUACCAGGGAGUCCCAUUUCCAUUCAUGUUGAGUGCUGUAUUCCUAGAGAAUUAGUCAUGGGAGGAUCCAGUACAAAACCAGAGUUUACAUCAAACAUAAAUAACAAGAGAGUGAAAAAUGGGGAGAGCAUUGAGUUCAACUGUGAGGCCAACCUUGAGGACAUUGAAGUCAAAUGGACAAAGGAUGGACAGAGGUUGUACCGUGGCGGUAGAAUCAGUAUCAGCAAGAGUGGGACAAAUUUAAAACUGACGAUCACUGGUGCCAAGGAGGAAGAUGAGGGCAAGUACACUGUGACGAUCAGCAAGGACUUCGAGAGUACCACUAAAUCUGCCAAUGUCACCGUGCUUGAGUAUGACCGGAGGUGGCGGUUCAUAGAAUGGGGGGUAAAUGUGAAUAUCAAGCACAGCUUACAGGACCUGACAUUCAGAAACCCACAGGUCAAAUACCUCCGCAUCCUGCUGCAUGGGCCUGUGGGGUCUGGGAAGUCCAGCAUCAUCAACUCCAUCAACAGCAUCUUCCAAGACAAAGUUAAAGUGGGGGCACUGGCAGCUGCUGUAUCUGGCAGCACUUUCACAAAAACUUUCAAAACCUAUCAAAUUAGAGACCAGCAAAACCGAGCUUUGCCAGUUGUCUUUAAUGACAUCAUGGGUCUGGAGAAAGAAGAUGAUGAAGGUGUGCAUCCUGAUGACAUCAUCAGUGCCUUAAAAGGACAUGUCAGAGAUAAUUACAAGUUUAACUCUAGAUGCCCACUGUCUGAAAGAGACCCAAAAUACCACAACCACAGACCAACUGUGGAUAAAAAGGUUCACUGCUUGGUCAGUGUGCUCCAAGCUGAUAAAAUCACCCUGAUGGACAAUUACGUUAUUAACAAAAUGCAGGAUAUCAGAAAGCAUGCAAGUGAAAUGGGGAUUCCUCAGGUGGUUUUUAUGACCUGUGUGGACUUGGCCUGUCCUCUCGUUAAGAAUGACCUGCAGCGCAUCUACUCAAGCAAACACAUAAAGCAGAAAAUGCAAGAGUGCAGUAACAGGCUUGGGGUCCCCAUGAACUGCAUCUUCCCAGUGAAAAACUACCACGAGGAGAACAAACUGGACAGUAACAUGGACAGUUUGAUACUGGAUGCUCUGAAGCACACUGUGAGCUUCGCUUGUGACUAUGUGGAUAGCCUGGAGACACACAUCCAGCCUCUAGAGACACACACACAGCAGUCAGAGUCAGAGGAGCCAUCAGAGCCAUCAGCUGAUGAGCAGUCCGAGGACUCGUGUUCUGGAGUUGUAAUGGACUUGAACCCUGUUUUAACAUCUACUGAUAGAGAAUUCGACCUUGAAUGGCGGAAAAUAAACUGGGACAUCGGCAGUAGAAACAGUAUGGAAAAGAAACUGAGAGAAUUCCAUCUGCUGAAUUCCGAACUCAAACACCUGCGUAUCCUGCUGCACGGGCCGGUGGGAGCUGGGAAGUCCAGCUUCAUCAACUCCAUCAACAGUGUCUUUCAGGGCCAGAUCUGUGCAGGGGCUCUGGUUGCUGCAGAGUCUGGCAUCAGUUUCACCAAAAAGUACAAAACACAUAAAUUCAGAAAUGGGAAUUCUGGACAUCUGCCCUUCGUUGUAAAUGACAUAAUGGGCCUUGAGAAAGGGAAUUCUGUCGGAGCACACCCCAGUGACAUCAUCAAUGCAUUACAAGGCCAUGUUAAAAACAAUUACAAGUUCAGUCAGGUUUCUCCACUGUCUGUGGGAGAUGCUGACUACGUUGCCAGCCCCUCUAUGAGCGACCGGGUACAUUGUUUGGUCAGCGUGAUCCCAUUGGACAAGAUCUCCAUCAUGGAUGAUGAGGUCAUCAACAAGAUGCAAGCUAUCAGAGAGGCUGCCACUGACAUGGAUAUUCCGCAAGCCAUCAUCAUGACAAUGGUGGAUAAAGCCUGCCCAGUGGUGAAGGAAGAUCUUAGGAAGAUCUACUUCAGCAAGAGGAUCAAGCAAAAUAUGCAAGAGUGCAGUAACCGACUUGGUGUCCCCAUGAACUGCAUCUUCCCAGUGAAAAACUACCAUGAGGAAACAGACUUGGACCAGGAAAUGGACUGCCUCAUCUUAACUGCUUUGAGACAUAUUGUUCAUUUCUCUCGUGAAUAUAUAGAUUCUCUAGAUGAUUAAUGGACCUGUUGAAAGUCAAUGUUGGUGACUGUUAUGUCCUCAAGUAGUUAUCUCAUGUAGUAAACUGAUAUGUAGUCUCUUGUGUUACAGUAAAAAAAAAAACAAUGAACAAUA